AUGUUGUCUCACCGACCAGCGUCGCGGUUCUUCAUCCUGACCGGCCUGGCCGUGUUCUUCAUCCUCACCAUCUCCUUCUUCCGUGUAUCGCCAAUGAGCCCCGAGUCGCGGGCACCGGGGCACCUCACGCAGCCGAAGCAGAUACCGAACGAUGUCGAUGUCACAAAGUCGAUGUUGCUGGGGAAUUCGAUCAUGCCGACGCUGGAGAACAAGACGGCCAAGGCCGAGCUAGGACGAUCGUCAUGGCAUCUUUUCCAUACGGUCAUGUCACGAUACCCUGAGAAGCCGACGGGCGAUGACCAGCGAGCGCUGAGUGCAUACGUCUAUCUAUUUGCGAGACUAUACCCAUGCGGCGACUGCGCAUCACACUUCAUCAAGCUUUUGAAGACGUACCCCCCACAGACAUCGUCACGAAACGCAGCAGCAGGCUGGGCUUGCCUGGUGCACAACGAGGUGAAUAGACGGUUGAAGAAGGAUCUGUUCGACUGCACGAAGAUUGGAGAUUUCUACGACUGCGGAUGCGGUGACAAGGACAGUGGGAAAGACAGCAAGGGCAAGGACGAGAAGAAGGGCGGCAAGGGCAAGGAGGCUGCAAAGGACGCCGGCAAAGACGGGGGAAAGGCAGAUGACAAGCCAAAGGAAGGGACGGCAAGGAGGCCGAAGAAGAUGCUCUGGGGAGAUGCCAACGGGCCGUUCCCUGGCGGGCCGGUGGAAAUAACGGAUGAGCCGUAG